AUGGACCAAAUCAUCAGUGUGAUAGGGCGAAUCUUGAAGCGGAAGCAGGAUCCAGAAUCCGAUGACCAAAACGAGGCUCGCAAGGUUCUCGUCGUCGAAGGCGAAAACAAAGACGCCCAAUCAAACUCAACCACAAGAAGCACAUUGUCUUCGAUGGCCACUCCAACCCUUCGAUCAUCUUCUGAAUCUCGUUGGGAUUACGAUGUCUUCUUGAGUUUUAGAGGCGAAGACACCCGCAAGAGCUUCACCGAUCAUCUCUACUCAGCCUUGGUGCGAGUCGGAAUUCGAACCUUCCUAGUUGGAGAGGAACUUCCAAGAGGGGAGAACAUGCAUACCGAACUUCUCAACGCCAUUCGAGGGUCAAAGAUUUUCAUUGUGGUUUUCUUCAAAGGCUAUGCUUCUUCUAGGUGGUGUCUCGAUGAGCUUGUGGAGAUCGUGGACUAUAAGAAUACCAUAGGCCACACUCUUCUUCUGAUAUUUUAUCAUGUGAACCCCUCGGAUGUUCGAAAUCAGACAGGAACUUUUGUGGAAGCCUUUGCUAGGCAUGAAAAGCGGUUUCAGACUGAUAUGAAGAGGGUGCAGAGGUGA